AAAGAAAUGAACUGAAAUAAAAGCGAGAUUCCCUUACCGGAAGUGUUUGAAGACAACAUCCGGUUGUAUAAUGUAAAUCAUGUAAACGCAAUUCCCGGUUGCCUGACCACUUUCUUUUUGAAAUUGUUCUAGUAUUUAUCUGAAGAGAAAGAACCUGAUUUCUGACAAGAUGGAUGAAGAAUCCGAGUUCACAGUUAUUUUCCUCUUUUACCAAGACAUCGAAAACAUGAAGGAAAUAAAAGAUCUCUUGGCAAAUAACUGUCUGAAAGCUGCAGUCGUUAAUCCACUGCUCAUCUACGACAAAAGCCAGCUCUUACUAGCUUCUCACCGCAGCUUAUACAACGAACAGAACAAAAUCAUGAAAACCAAAUCCAUUUUCACUGAAGUUCUGUACAACUUAUUCCCCAGCAAAAGUAUUAGAGACUCCCUCAGGACUUUUGGUGCUCACGAGAAUGGCACGUCGGCCAUUUUUGUUGUUUUUGGAAAAGAGAGCAAAACUAUUUGUGAUCAAAUUAAAAAUUGUGUCAAAGGGCAACUUUCCUCGGUCGAUCAAGUGUCUGAAUCUUGCGACAUCAAAGCAGUUAGGAAGUUAUACAAGAUUCCGAAUGAAGUUAGCGAACAAAGUGAUAUUUUGAAUUUUAUUUUGACUAAAAUUGCAUCUAAGGAGAUUCUCUUGUGAACUAA